AUGGCAUCUGCCGCCACAGCAAGCCCAAGGACCUUCCAGGUCGGCAUCAUCUGUGGCUCGCAACGUAUCAUCCGUGCUGGACCGCAGAUCACCACAUUCAUCCAACAGACCAUCUCCUCGCACUUGGCCGCCACCACUCGGAGCAGCAGCUCAGGCCACACCUUUGCCCUCGAACUCAUCGACGUAGCGGCGCUCAACCUACCGCUAUCGGACGAGUCCGGCAUCCCCUCCAAGAUCACCUCGGCCGACGGCUACGAACACGAGCACACCCGUGCCUGGUCACGGCGCGUCGCCGCCCUCGACGCCUUUGUCUUCGUCUCGCCGCAGUACAACUGGGGCAUCCCGGCCGGCCUCAAGAACGCCAUCGACCAUUUGUUCAACGAGUGGCGGGGCAAGCCCGCCGCCAUCGUGACCUACGGCGGCCACGGCGGGGACAAGUGCGCCGCGGCGCUCAAGGUGGUCCUCGGCGGCGGGAUCGACAUGCACGUCGUGGACCCGCCCGUGUGCCUGACUUUCCCGGGCCGCGAGUUCCUUGUCAAGGCGGCGACGGGCAAGGAGCUGGGGCUGGACGGAACUGCGGAGGAGGGGCCAUGGGGGGAUCGCAGGGCGGAUGUGAUCAAGGCGUGGGAGGGGCUUGUCAGCAUGCUAGUCGAGGAGAAGAGUGGAGCUGUCUGA